AUGGCUGUGAUGGAGCCAGCUCAGAUGCCGGUGACCUUCGAGGAGGUGGCCGUGUAUUUCACCCAGGGGCAGGGAGCUCUGCUGGACCCCAGUCAGAGAGCCCUCUACAGGGACAUCAUGCGGGAGAACUAUGAGACGGUGACCUCGCUGGGAUUCCCCCUUCCCAAACCUGACCUGAUCGCCCGGCUGGAACGAGGGGAAGCGCCGUGGGUCCCAGAUCUCCAGGCCUCAGAGGAAAAAGAGAUCCCAAGGGGCACUUGCACAGGUGAUGAGAGAGUGAGUGAGAACGAGGAGGGGAAUCAUCAUGAAGAAGUUUCUGGGGAAGUGGAACCACAAGGGCCCUUUGUGGGAAGAGCUGAAGGGAAUUUUUCCCAGUGCUGGGAAGAAGCCUGGGGAAAUUGGCACAGGUCAGAGAAGCUCCUGGGAAACCACCCAAGGAAGAAAGUAGACGAAUCUAUUAAAUGUGGGGGAGGAGACAAGGAUCCCACAGUCCAGCAGACAAAUCCCAAGGAAGAGAAACCCUACCACUGUCUCCAGUGUGGGAAAGGAUUCAUUCUGAGAUCACACCUUGUGAUACAUCAGAUAAUCCAUACUGGAGAGAAACCCCUUCAAUACUUGCACUGUAUGGAAAGCUUCAAUAACCACUCAGAUCUUAAUAACCAUGGGAGAAGCCACACGGGUGAGAAUCCCUAUCAAUGCCUCGAGUGCGGGAAAUGUUUCAGUGGGGAGUCAGCACUAAUUAUGCAUCAGAGAAUCCACACAGGAGGGAGACCCCAUAAGUGCUUGGACUGUGGGAAAGGUUUCACACGGCGAUCAGGCCUUGUUACACAUCAGGCAAUCCACACCGGAGAGAGACCCCAUAAGUGCUUGGACUGUGGGAAAAGUUUCACAUGGAGAUCAGGCCUUGUUACACAUCAGGCAAUCCACACAGGAGAGAGACCCCAUAAGUGCUCAGACUGUGGGAAAAGUUUCAUGCAGAGAUCACACCUUAUUAGACAUCAGACAGUCCACACAGGAGAGAGAGCUUAUAAAUGCUUGGUGUGUGGGAAAAGCUUCAGUAACAGCACAAACCUUACUAACCAUCGGAGAAUCCACAGAGGAGAGAGACCCCAUAAAUGCCUCUACUGUGGGAAUGGUUUCCGUUGGAAGUCAGCCCUCAUAAUACAUCAGAGAAUCCACACAGGGGAGAGACCCCAUAAAUGCUUGGAGUGUGGGAAAAGUUUCACACAGAGAUCAGCACUUGUUACACAUCAGACAGUCCACACAGGAGAGGGACGCUAUAAAUGCUUGGAGUGUGGGAAAAGUUUCAGUUGGAAGUCAGACCUUAUAACACAUCAGAGAAUCCACACAGGGGAGAGACCCCAUAAGUGCUUGGACUGUGGGAAAAAUUUCAUACAGAGAUCAACCCUUACAAGGCAUCAGAGAAUACACACAGGAGAGAGACCCUAUAAAUGCCUCGAGUGUGGGAACUCCUUCAGUUGGAAGUCCGAUCUUAUCACACAUCAGCGAAUCCACACAGGAGAGAGACCUCAUAAGUGCUUGGACUGUGGGAAAAGCUUUAGAUGCAGCUCACAACUCACUCAGCAUCAGAGAACCCACACGGGAGAAAGACCCUAUAAAUGCCUCGAGUGUGGGAAAAGUUUCAUUGGGAGUUCUCAUCUUGUUGCACAUCACAGGAUUCACACUGGAGACAAACCUCAGAAAUGCCUCAACUGUGGGAAAUGUUUCAGGUGGAAGUCUGCCCUUAUAACACAUCAGAGGAUCCACACAGGAGAAAGACCCCAUAAGCCCCAUAAGUGCUUGGAGUGUGAGAAAACCGGGAUCCCCCUGCCAUAG